UCCCUGGUAACUCUUGUCUGCGCGGAGUUCGCUUGCAGUCUUCUCGGAGUCGUCUUGUCUUUUUCCACAAACUUUUCAUCGCGCAGGAAUACAAAAGCGACACCUCGGCGCUUCGUAUCCGACCGCAUCACCUGGAACCACCGACUUUUGCACGACUGCUUGCAAUCUUUCGGAGUAUACCCCCGUUCCCCAAUUUUUUUUUUCGCCCCCGAAGAAAGUGCUCGUUACGCGUCUUCUGUAACCACGGACAAGUUUUACGUUUUUACCGUUUUCGUGCGUAAAAGGAGACGUCUUGGCUGCAUUUUUCGUUAACCUUGGCUCCUUUUCGGAUUGUUCACCGUCGUAUUUGGAGGCGAAAUGGCUGCUUUUCGCCUGUAGCUCCAUGUAUAAGCCUUCUUCAAGCUACUGUGGCCGCUGCGACUGGAUACGACGAAGGCUCCGUGCGUAAUCAUCCACCCGGGGGUCAAUGGAGCGACAGUCCAGUUACAUUUCGCUCUGGCUGCAACUGGAACUUUGUGCCAUGGCCAUUCUCCUCACGAAAGGUGAAAUCCGGUGUUAUUGUGACGCGCCCCACUGCGUAGCCACUGGAUACAUGUGCAAGUCCGAACUCAACGCCUGCUUCACUAAAGUCCUGGAUCCGUACGCCGCCAACUCCCCCCUCACACACGGCUGCCUCGACCCCGUGGCCAACGCUGCCGACGUGUGCAGUAGUAGCAGUAGUAGUAGUAGUAGUAGUAGAAGUUUGGACCCUCUGAAUGGAGCUGUGGGGACGUCGCUGGAGUGUUGCCAUGACGACAUGUGCAACUACAGAGGACUCCAUGACCUGGGGCACACGAGGGAUUCAGCAGACCACAGCCGCUACCCGCAGGACAGCAGCCGCAGCCUGGUCACGCGGGUCCAGGAGUUGGCCUCGGCCAAGGAGGUGUGGUUCAGAGCAGCCGUCAUCGCCGUGCCCAUCGCCGGCGGGCUCAUCCUGGUCCUUCUCAUCAUGCUGGCCCUGAGAAUGCUGCGCAGCGAAAACAAACGCCUCCAGGACCAACGGCAGCAGAUGCUCUCCCGACUGCACUACAGCUUCCACGGGCACCACACCAAAAAGGGCCACGUCGCCAAGCUCGAUUUGGAGUGCAUGGUUCCGGUAACUGGCCACGAAAACUGUUGCCUCACUUGCGAUAAAAUGAGACAAGCCGAUCUAGGAAAUGACAAAAUCUUAUCGCUUGUGCACUGGGGGAUGUACAGCGGACACGGAAAGCUGGAGUUCGUAUGAUCCUAGCUUCGUUUUGUGGAGCAUUCCGAUUUCUAGACAUUGACAUUCCCGGUUUUGGACUUUCGGGGGUUUUGAGGACCAAGCAGGACUGAAUUUCAUGGAGCACUUUACUUGAAUAUUAGCGGUGAAACGCCACACCCCUGGAGCGUUCAACUCGAGGCGUGAUCCGGGACUCGAAAACGCAAGGAUUAUGUCGUCUUAUUUGCACAUUUGUAUAAAAAAAGUUGUUUGAUUUUUUUCAACACUGACCAGGGUACAGACUAUGUUAGGAGGAGGAGGAGGACAGUUCCUUUGCUGUGACUGAAGAGCGCACUCCUCGGGUAUUGUAAAAGUUAAAGUGGAUCUAUCUAUUUUUGUCUGAUGAAGCGUGCUGUUCAGACUUUAAGCUUGAGUGUGAGAGGAAAACCAUUAAAGGUGACUUUUUAUUUAA